CGCCAUCUUGGUGGAAAGUUUGGAAUUUGUGACACAUCGGGGAAAGAAGAAGAAGAAGAAGAAGAAGAAGGAGGAGGAGGAGAAGGAGAAGAAGUGUUGGGGUGGGAAAAAAACAGUAGGAGGAGGAGGAAGAAGAAGAGGAGGAGAUAAUGAGAGAAGUUUGACGCUGUGCAGAAGAUUUUUUUUUAAUUAACGAGAUUCCACGGGAUAUUUGGAAGUUUUGGACAAACGACGUGUGCAUCAGAAACAAAGUGCGGGUUUCAGCUCGGAGAAGGUUCGGCUUUCGUCAGCACACGUUCACUUUAUUUUUUUCUAAACAUUGCACGUCAUCUAGUGACAAAAUGGUGCUGUGUGCGGGUUAAACGCCUCUUUUAUUACCACCUUUGCAUGCUUGAAUGGAAACAAGAAGAGUUCUGGACCGUCCCGGUUUCCCUUUCCGCCGCUGUCAGCUUACACACACACACACACACACACACACACACACAAAGUGACGCUUACUUAGCCAAAAGCUAGUCGGUUUUAGCCUGACCCGAACCUGGCGGACGCCCCGAACUCGGUCUCGGUUUCGGUUUCUUGACAGCUCUUUUGCACGAGUACAUCCGGAUUUCAUGUCGGAACAUUGUAAGUUCUGACACUUUGGGAGUCCGACCGAACCGACCAUGCCGGUCCGACAGAAAGAUGCUCAGCGGGCUCUGCUGCUUUUGGAGGAAUAUCGCACGAAACUCAACAACACCGAGGACCGACAGCUGAGGCACUCCAUUCAGAGGGUCAUCGACAUCUUCCAGAGUAACCUCUUCCAGGCUCUCAUAGAUAUCCAGGAAUUUUACGAAGUGACCUUAUUGGAUAAUCAGAUAUGCAGCGAGCCGGCGAAAGGAAGCGGAAGCCCCGGGCCAGCUGCCAUGAACCUGUGGGAUUUCUCCAGCCUCCAGAGUCCCACAGGGACUUCAGAUACGAUGCCCAGCAUCAGCACCAGCAUAGAGAAGUACAAACAGCACGAUGAGGACGGUUCUCCCCAAGAGCAGAGCUCGCCGCAACUCACUGACGAGACGCCAGGUCCUGAGCUCGUCCAGGUGGCCGAGAAGAACAUCUCGCAGAUCGAAAACGUCCACGGAUACGUGGCCCACGCGCACAUCUCCCCCAUGAAGGUUGAGUCUCUGGAGUGCAUCUUUGACGGGCCGCCCAUGUUGGCGUGCGAGGAGAGCCCUCUCCUGAGCCCCUCCACCGUGCAUCAGCAGACAGAUGUCACCCCUCCCUCCACUCCCAUAAUCCCUGUGAUCCCAAUCUCGCCAGUCCCUGCGGAGGCCGCUGUCAUCCCUUCACCGACGUCACAGGCAAAUCCUCCUCCUGUCGUGGUGAACACAGAGAGCCUGGAUUCAGCCCCAUAUGUGAACGGCACAGAAGCAGACUAUGAGUACGAGGAGAUCACGUUGGAGAGGGCAAAUUCUGGGCUCGGCUUCAGCAUCGCAGGUGGUACAGACAACCCUCACAUCGGAGAAGACCCCAGCAUCUUUAUCACCAAAGUGAUCCCAGGAGGCGCGGCUGCUCAGGACGGGAGACUUCGGGUGAACGAUGUCCUCCUGCGUGUCAACGAGGUGGACGUCCGGGACGUGACCCACAGCAAGGCGGUGGAGGCACUGAAGGAGGCCGGGUCGCUGGUCAGGCUGUAUGUCAGAAGGAGAAAAUCCGUCUCUGAGAAAAUCGUCGAUAUCAAAUUGGUUAAAGGACCUAAAGGACUUGGUUUUAGUAUAGCAGGAGGUGUUGGCAAUCAGCACAUACCGGGAGACAACAGCAUCUACGUCACGAAGAUCAUCGAAGGAGGAACCGCCCACAAAGACGGCAGGCUGCAAAUCGGAGACAAACUCCUGGCUGUGAACAGCGCAUGUCUGGAGGAGGUGACCCACGAGAACGCCGUGACUGCCUUGAAAAACACUACAGACGUGGUCUACCUGAAAGUGGCCAAACCCAACAGUGUCUUCAUGACCGACAGUUUCGUCCCUCCUGACGUCACUAACUCCUAUUCACAACACAUGGAGAACCAUAUCAACACCCCCAACUAUCUGAACCAGCCGCUCCCACCAUCCUCUUCUGGACGCUUCUCACCAACACCAAAGACUCCACACGUGGACGACGAUAUGACAAGAGAGCCUAGAAAAGUGGUUCUGCACCGUGGAGCCACAGGACUGGGCUUUAACAUUGUGGGUGGAGAGGAUGGAGAGGGAAUUUUCAUCUCCUUCAUUCUAGCAGGAGGUCCUGCUGACCUGAGCGGAGAGCUGAGGAAAGGAGAUCGUCUCGUCUCGGUGAACGGAGUCGACCUACGCAGUGCUACUCAUGAACAGGCGGCGGCUGCACUGAAAAACGCCGGGCAGACCGUCACAAUUAUCGCCCACUUCAGGCCAGAGGAGUACAGCCGUUUCGAGGCGAAGAUCCAUGAUCUGAGGGAACAAAUGAUGAACAGCAGUAUCAGCUCAGGGUCGGGUUCUCUGAGGACCAGUCAGAAGAGAUCAUUAUACGUCAGGGCGCUCUUUGACUAUGAUAAAACCAAGGACUCCGGCCUCCCCAGUCAGGGCUUGAACUUUAAAUUCGGUGACAUCCUGCACGUGGUGAACGCCUCCGAUGAUGAGUGGUGGCAGGCGAGACAGGUCAUCGCUGACGGCGAGGUCGAAGAGAUGGGAGUCAUACCCAGUAAAAGGAGAGUGGAGAAAAAGGAGAGAGCAAGGUUAAAAACAGUCAAGUUCAACUCUAAAUCGCGAGAUAAAGGGCAGUCCCUCAAUGACAAGCGUAAAAAGAACCUCUUUUCCCGCAAGUUCCCUUUCUACAAGAACAAGGAGGCGAGCGAGCAGGAAACAAGCGAUGUGGACCAGCAUGUGACCUCUAAUGCCAGUGAUAGUGAAAGUAGUUACCGUGGUCAAGAGGAAUACGUAUUAUCUUACGAGCCUGUGUGUCAGCAAGAAGUGAACUACUCUCGUCCGGUGAUCAUCCUGGGGCCGAUGAAGGACAGAGUUAAUGACGAUCUGAUCUCAGAGUUCCCUGACAAAUUUGGCUCCUGUGUUCCUCAUACGACGCGGCCGAAGCGGGACUACGAAGUGGACGGACGUGAUUACCAUUUUAUGGUGUCUCGAGAACAGAUGGAGCGAGACAUCCAGGAGCAUAAGUUCAUCGAGGCGGGCCAGUACAACAACCACCUCUAUGGCACCAGCGUGCAGUCUGUUCGAGAAGUGGCUGAAAAAGGCAAACACUGCAUACUUGAUGUAUCGGGAAAUGCCAUCAAAAGACUACAAGUUGCUCAGCUUUAUCCCAUUGCUAUCUUCAUCAAACCAAAAUCAGUGGAGAAUAUCAUGGAGUUGAACAGAAGGCUGACGGAUGAACAGGGCAGAAAAACGUAUGAACGAGCCAUGAAGCUGGAGCAGGAGUUUACUGAGCACUUCACAGCAAUCAUCCUGGGAGACACGUUGGAAGAAAUCUACGAUCAAGUCAAGCAGAUCAUCGAGGAGCAGUCUGGACCAUACAUAUGGGUACUAUCCAAGGAGAAACUAUGAAGCGCUGCGAAGCAAAGCCCAUUCUCCCUUUUCUGUUUUAUUUAUUACUCUUUUUUUUUUUUUCCUCAAUUUUUUUUUUUUAACAAUCUAUUCCCUGAUCCUGAUUCAGUCCAGCCCUCACUCUCAGUUCCCAGCGACAUGCCAGUGGGUGUCCCACAGAUCUUCCAGUUUUUUGGUUUUUGUUUUACAGAGAGAGGGGAUGGAUGCAGUGAUGCCCAACCUGACAUCCAUUCACAGGACUUUGGAAACGGUACAGUUCCUUAAUGUUUAAGGGAGGAUACUUUUUACAGAAGAAGAGAAACAUGGACUGAGCUGGAUCUUUACAUUUCCUUUUUUUGUUUUGUUUUGUUUUCUUCCCUCAUUGUGUAUGAUGUUGAUUACAGAGUUGAAUCUCAGGCAUCGGAAAUCAUAAAAUAGCAGACAGGAAGAUUAUAAACGCAAAACUUUGCACGUUCUAGCUUUAAGAGCAUGUCUUCUUUGACUUUUAGUUUCCUCCUACUUUUCUUUCCAUCAUAGUUCCAUGUUUUCACAUUAAUCCUUGUUUUUUUGUUUUGUUCACAAAUACGUCCUGUCGUCAAUACUCGAACGCUUGUUCUUUUUUUUUUCGCAUUUGUACAGGAACGGGUCUCAUCGACGUCAAUGUUUUAUGGUUUUGUCCAUUUUUCCAAAGUGUCUUACAUACGGAACAUCAGUUUACCUUUUUCCAUGUAGAGAAGUCUGCCAUUUGUAAGGAACUGCCAUUUUGAAGGAUGUCUGUGUACAUCUGUCGCUGAAAAAAGCCGACGCGUAGCUAAAAGAAAAUUUAUUGUACAAUGAAAUCUUAACAGAUAUUUAACCCUCCACCAACUGCCUAUUUUGUUAUAAUAAAAGUCUAUAGUGAACUUUAUGUAAGCACUAGUACUGCGGGAGUUAUUUUCUUUACAUUAUAGGACGUAAACAAAAAAAAGGAACAUGGGAUUUUUCAGACUUAUAGUACGGAUAUAUAUUUUUCCCUUUUUUUCCGUUGGCCGCCUUUAUUUUCUUACACUGACGCAGCGUACUGAUCGACAGGAAGUGAAGUGUUUCACUGUGAAGAGCCAAACCCUCUCACGCUGUCUUCACCUCAGUCGGCACUCUGUAGACGUCCGUGCUGUCUGUGAGAGCCGAAGUCGGCUGAGUUUUGGAUCGGCCCGAACCUGAACCACCACCUGCUUUUCUAAAGCCGUCCAGGAGCUGCUCUGCUCGGGUAGCGAGACUAUAGCGAGACUGAUCGUCUUUUCACCUCAACACCUCUGCUUGUUAGGGACACUUUGGGGACUGAAUAAAUCAAUCCAUGUAAAUAACCUACUGAUUCAUUCCAUUGAUCCGGACAAAUCAGAGGAGGGGACGGCUAAUUCAACGAAUAAAACACUUUCUCAUACA